ACUUCUCCGGGGUCAUACACCGUAUUCCGAGUCUGUCAUUCUUGCUGGCAUGACUAGAACUUGAAUGUGCCACCACCGCUGUUUCUCUUACCUGUCCUAUUUACAAUAACGUCAACAAUCUGUUUGGGACUCGUUUGCGAAACGAAGCAGCACAACGAGUGCUCGGCAGUUAUACUUACGGGCUGCAUGUCUGUUAGCUUAUCAUCGAUCAGAAACCGUCUUAGACUUCACUCGACAACGACCGACGGUUACGAUAUCAUAUAACAGAUACAAGGAGAGCGGGCAUUCUCCAGAACACCACUACCUCCAUCGACCGCUAUCCUUGAUAAUGAUUUCUUCGCUCUACAACACUAUGGCUUCUGCGAUCUCACAGAGUCACCCUAUUGUUGUGACGAAGCUCUUGAUCCAUCCCGUGAAGAGCUGUCGUGGUAUCUCGGUUGAGGAGGCUGAAAUCAUGGAUAAUGGUUUCAAGUAUGACAGACAGUGGCUUAUUGUGGACGAAAAUCUUCGCUUCUGUACUGCCAGGGAACUCCCUCAGCUUGUACUUGUCAACACAGAGAUCAAAGGUCCAGAACUACACAUCACAGUGCCACCGCCUUCCUCCAGCCCUACGACUCCUCCGACCAUUAUCACGAUACCACUGGAGCCAUCUGUAUCAGAUCUGCAAGCGCUGCCGCUGCUCACGGAAGUGAUUAUUUGGGGCUCCCACAUCGACGCGCACGCCGUCUCUCUAAAAGCGGACAAGGCCUUCAGCGAUUUCCUUGGGAAACCUGUACGGCUUGUGAGGCUUGCCAGCGAGGAUGAGGGAGGACGGAUCCGGAUUGGCUCGGACGAGAUCAUAGGGAAGGAGCGCUUGGAUGUUGUAUCGAAGUUACAGGACGUGUAUCCAUAUACCAUUGCUACUAUGCAGAGUUUGAACGCGGUCAAAUCUUCGAUCAAUGCAAGCAAAAGCGUUAACCGGACGAAGUGGCCCUCGUCUCGAGUCGAUGGGUUCGCAAUCGAACGGUUUCGCCCUAACAUCGUUGUCGACGGCCCAGAUCUAGCGCCCUGGGAGGAAGAUAGCUGGGAGCAUGUAGCCUUUUGUCGGCAAGCUACGUCACCCACAGGCGAGCGUACAACAACCGAAGAGCAAUUCUAUGUUCCAGGUCGUAUGCCUCGAUGCUUACUGACCGGCGUGUGCCCUGAAACCGGUGAAGCCGACAAGGUCGUUCCCUACGGUGUGUUGUCGACGUACAGGCGGGUUGAUCCGGGGUUCUCCAUCAAGCCAUGCUUUGCGGUCUCGGCAGUUCCUAUUUCACCAGGUGGCGUUCUCCGUGUUGGCGAUACGCUGCGUGUUAUUAGCACUCUAGAUCCCGCGGAGCGUAUCUUCGGUCUUGGUGGACAACGCGUCGAAGUCGUCUGAUAAAAAGUGUAUGUUCAUGUCUUACACCAUCUUUGCUGCCCACUCAUCAGACCGAAUGGUGAUGAUCAUGAUGUAGCUGAAACCCCGUCACUCCCGAGCCGUGGUAGUGAGGGUCUAAAUCGGGACUGGCGAAUUGGCCUGGAUUCCAGACGACGUACCCCACACCCUCCUCUCGCUCGGACGAUCACUUUCAUGACAUUAUGUCGGGCUACGAACACUCAUCUCAGCCCUAUGCUCAAUACCAGCAAGGCCCCCCUUACGUUCAGGCAGCGCCUCCACCGCAAGGUUACCCUUAUGCACAGGAUAUCGCGCCUCAGCAGAAUGUCUACAGACAGGACCCUUACCUGCAACAUCCAUCCU